UUUCCUCUUGAAGAACAAGCAGCAUCCUUCGUGUGGGAUUCGUUUCUCAAAGGCAAUCACUAUGUCAACAAGCUACCUUAGAGAACUUAAGCAACGUUCUGAAACGGAGUUUCUUGAAUUUCGUCAACGCAUUAAGGAAUCCAUCAGGAACAAGACUCAAAACGGAAACGAUCUCGCUCCAACCUCAGACUCAAUGCCAAGAAAAAGAAAACUCCCGUACGAGUUUGGUUCCUUCUUUGGUCCUUCUCAACCUGGUAUUGCUUCAAGAGUUUUGCAAGAAAGCAAAUCACUCUUAAAAGACGAGCUUCUUGCCACUAACGCGCUUGACUCGAUCCAAACCAAGAAUAAGAGUUCUUGUCCAGCGAGUGCUUUAGAGGCUAAUGAGUUGAAAAGAAAAGCUAAGGAGCUUAAAGAAUCAAGAGACUACUCUUUCCUUUUCUCUGAUGAUGCCGAGCUUCCUGUUUCCAUUAAGGAACCACCUUCUUCUCUUAAAGCUCCUGUUCCUAAAUCUAGACCAAGUUCCAUAGGAAACCACUCAAGACCAGGUUCAUCAACUAAAGGUCAACCACACACAAAGCCUGGUUCUGCAAUAAACUCUCAAACGCAUGAACCAAGUUCCAAGUUACGUCCCCAGAGACCAGAUCCUACAAGAAAAUCUGUAAUGGACCACAGAAAGAAGCCGCAUUCCUCAUCAAAGCCAUUGUCAUCUGAUCCUAAAGAACAAAGGGUAAAACAGAGGAAGGUUUCCACCGAAAUCAAGAGGUCUUCUCAAAUGGUUCCAAGGCAACAAGCAUUGCCUCCUUUGAAGCACCACCGGAUGAUUAGCAAACCACCAUUGAAGCAAGCUCAUCAACUUAAGAAGAAGAAGAAGGUGACAGAAGAAGAUGAAGAGGCGUUGAGAAUGGUUAGAGAGAUGUGCAAGACUGAACGUUUUGCUCGGCGUGAUUUAGAUGAUUAUGAUGAUAGAGGCAUGGAAGCUAGCUUAGAAGAUAUCAUCAAAGAAGAGAAACGAAGUGAGAAACUUGCGAAGAAAGAAGACGCGGAACAACUACGGUUGAUAGAAGAAGAGGAAAGGCGAGAAAGAGUCUUGAGAAAGGAGAAGAGACAGAAGCUGAGCCAUUAAAUCACUUAUUGUUUAUUACAUACAUCACUUUUAUUUUCUUGUGAAUAUGAUUUGCUAUAGCAGAAACAAAGCCAUAGGAGCUCAUCAAAUGACACGUAGAAAUUUUCAAAUUUGGGAUCUUGUGGGUUGCUCAGUUAUAAAUGUUGG